AAUAAAACCCACCAUGCUCAUCAUUACUAUGUUGUCCUUCUCGUUUGGAGUAACAGCCGGCACAAUGUUUCCACCUUCACACUUCACUGGAGUAUAAAAGUGGCUAGUGAAUCAGAGUCAAGGAAAGUUCAUUAUAUAUUUAGCUACAGGCAGCAACCUGCCUUUUGUUCUCUUAGUGCUGCGUAAUGUAUAGUUAGGUGGUUAUAACCUUGUACUAGUGUUUAUCGUAAGGUUUGUACUCAAAGAUGGAUACUGAAGUUGGCUGGGCAGCUAACCUGAUUGACCACAAACUGCACCUAGAUGAAAAACACAAUAAACGUAAAAAAGAUAUUGAUCAGAAACUGGAAAUUGUGAAGAUAUUUACAAAAGAGUUGGAAGGGGAAAAGUACAAACCAUCAAGAACACCAACAUUUCAGUUUACUCAGGUGGAUGACAAAGUGCGAAAAUCUUCAGUGGACCUGCGUAGGGAGAUCAUUGAUGUCGGCAGCAUCCAGAAUCUUAUAGAGCUGCGUAAAAAGAGAAAGAACAAAAACAAUACAGCAUCUUCUUCAGCUGAUUCUGAGCCUGAGCAGCAAGAAGUUCCAGGACCAGUGAACAGUACUCAUUUCUUGUGGGCAGCUGUAGAAGGGAAGGUGAAAGUCAUUGAGAAGUUCCUUGAAGGUAAUGGGAAUCCAGAUACUUGUGAUGAGUUCAAAAGGACCGCUCUUCAUCGUGCCUCUCUCGAAGGACACACUAAGAUUGUACAAAAACUCUUAGACAGUGGAGCAGCUGUUAAUUUCCAAGACAGGUUGGACAGCACUGCGAUGCAUUGGGCGUGUCGGGGAGGACAGCUGGAAGUUCUCAAAGUGCUGCAGAAGAGUGGUGCUGACCUUAACAUGAAGGAUAAACUGAUGAGCACUCCUCUGCAUGUGGCAACGAGGACUGGCCGCUUUGAUCUGGUAGAAUAUCUUAUUGCCAGUGGAGUGGACAUCAAUGCUAAAGACAGGGAAGGUGACAUGGCUCUUCAUGAUGCUGUUCGUCUGAAUCGCUACCGAAUUGUCAAGCUGCUCCUUCAACAUGGUGCUGAUGUGCAAGCCAAGAAUGCUGAAGGAAAAACUCCCAGUGAAUUGGUAAAGGAGUGGCAGUUGGACAUGAAAGACAUUCUGGAGAAAGUGCUUCUGAGAACCGGUUGUACAUAUGACAAAGAAGAUUUAAAGUUAUGAAGAAGCCAGCAAAGUCUAAAGAUCUCAUUGAAAGGGUGAGAUUUCUUGGAAUUCUUCAUCUGCAGAAGGAAACGCCGCUCCCUGUUUAUCCUAGGUGGAAUUAUAAGUUUUCCAAAACAAAUGAAACACAGUGAUUUAACUAUAAUUUCAUCUCAUAUACUGUUUACUUGUACAUGCUUUUACAUUUCAUCUACUGCUGGGCUUUCAUUAAAAUGACUUAAUUAUCAGAAAAAACUUCUCAAGUGCGUAUUUCUAUAAAUAGAAAUCCAACCUCAAAGACAAAAUGCAGCAAAUUGACUUAAUUUUGUUGCCAUCUGUUAUUUUCCUGGUAGUGGAGUGUGACUAGAAAAAGAUCAGACUGAACAGCUAACAGACCUCACAUGAGUAUUGUUUGCCCCUCGUGUGACCCCCCGUGCAUAAGUUUCAAUACUUAAAAUUCAAAUCAUUGACUAUUCAACAUUAUGCACAAAACGUGGUGUUGCUAUUUAGAAUUCUUGUUCCCAGACAACUAAGGGUUACUGUCUUUGUGCUCAUAAAUGAAUUCCCGUCCCACAACUGACUCCCACCCACACCCACACACACCCACACACAUUUCCACUAAAUAAAUGAAAUUGCAGCUUUAAGUCCCUCUGUUGAGAAGCAUAGCAUGUAAAAACUGCUGCUCAUUGUAUAACAUAAUUGUUACUCAGGGUCUCAUAGCCAAAAAAGUUCACAACACCAUCUUUAUACAGAUUAAAAUGAGGCUCAAAAUGACAUUUUCAUCAGCAUUCCACACUUUUUGAUUCAGUUACUUACCAGAUGUACAGUCUGGGAGAAUAAUAUAACAAUUAAUAUAUGUUGGCCAAGUUGUAAUUCAUAGUUUGAAGACAAAAUCCAAUAAUAUUGUGGUUAAUGAUUACACAAACUAUGCACGAAAAUGACUUAAGAAUGUAUCUACAGCCCCAAAUUGACUAAUAAUUUGUGGGUUAUGCUGUUAAUACGCUCAGAAUUUGUCUGAUCAGCAGCUUAAUUUAUCCUUAUGUCCAUGGCCUCUGGAAUUGGGGAGGCUUGGGUUACUUUUAGUCUAUUGUUUUGUACAUUGUAAUAUUUUACAUAACCCAAGGAGCAAAAUUUACAGCUCAGUAACGUGGCAUAUGUUGUGUAUUUGUCAGACGUGCAAAUGAGAAUUUAAUGGUACUCUGUACACGUGACAAUAAAUUUGAACUGAACAGAUUACACUGCAUUGCAUUUUUUUUGUCACAUCAAAACAUUACAUUUUUAAAACAACAGCAACAUUGGUAAUUUGCAUAUGGCCAAUAAGUGUGCAAUACCAAUCUACAAUUAGCAUUAUGCAUUUUCUGUGGUGUGGAGUGUGCACACACAAUAAAGAAAAUGCUUAGGAAAUGAAAAAACGCACAUAAUGCAAUAUAUCUAAGCCUAAAGGAAACAAAACAAAGCACCACCAACCCAAUUUUAAUUUAUUUUUUAUAGUGCAUACUGUAAGGCAAUUCUGGCUCUUGGGUAAUUAUUUAAAUCCAUAAUGUGAUAAAGAAACUCUGUUUUUUGGCUUUAAUGCCAGUACAGCUUUGUGAUUUGUAGCAAUUUAAAAUCUUUGAGUGAAUUUUAAUUAUCUUCAUAUCAUUUCUGUAUACCACUUCUGGUCAUACAGUAGGAAGUCCUACAGCAAUCUCGGUGUACCAGAUUCCCCCACCACCUCCCAUUCCCCUGUGGGGGAUGCAAAUGCUUUGUGCAGUCUAUGGUCACGUCUGCCUGCUACAUAUGAUGUCUUCUAUUGAACUGCUAAUUUGACAUGCUCUUUAAUAUAAAGUAGCUUCUACCAGAAGAAGCUGAAAAAUGGCUUAUAGGAUAUUGUAUAUGCUUAGAAAAUGGGGGCAGAUAUCACUCGGGUAUUUCCAGAAAAUGACAACCAUGUGUGGUUAAGGAUUAUCCUAUGAAAGAUAGCAUCUAUUCAAAAGUUCUUAAGUAUCCAGCAGGCUUUUGCCAUUAAUUGAACAUGCUGAACUAUUUCAGGAUCUUAGAGUGAUAACUUCAUAUAAAAUCUUUUUUCUUUAUUCUCUAUAUGCUACCCAUGGUUCAUGUCAUGUCAUUUCCUAACCCAUUU